UCAGUCGCGGUUUUCAGCUCGACACAAGCAAACGAACGUCUAAGAAACGCGGACGCGGCUUAAACCGCACGAAAAAAAAAAAACGCACCGAAAUCGAAAGUGUUUAGCGCGCGACUUGAAUCGCCAAGUGCUUCUCAGGAGGCGGGGGCAAUAUACCCAUCCGUAAACAUUACGUGUCAUCAUGUCGCCGGCUGACAGACAACUCCGGCUUGCAGCCCUUGUUUACCUGGCAUUAAGUCUGGGCCAUGGGCCCUGGCUCUUAUGCAAUGCCAGCGAUGGUGAAACUAGACAAAAAUACGCCAAUGAAUCACUCGCGGAUGCAGAAGCUCCAGUUUGGUCGCAGUUUCUCGAAGAUUACGUCUUGAGCCAAGGCAGCAGCAGCCAGCGAAAGUCCAAAGAUCUACCCUAUAUGGGUGGCGAUAUGGGCAUGAGUGGUCCGCUCAGCUAUCACUCAUCCGCCUACAAGCGACCGGGUAACAAUAUUUACAUCACACGGCGGAUUGGCGAGGCCGUGGAACUGGAGCCCCAUCUGCGAAAGCCCGUGGAGAGCCAGAGCCCAAUUGUUAAUCCCCAGUUCCGACCCAUGACCAAUCAGAUGUUGCACCAGCAACAGCAGCAACAUCAUCAGAUGCAGCAGCAGCAGCAACAACAGUUGCAGCAACGCCAGCAACCUGGUUUCCUGCAGCAACUUUUUGGUAUAGGCGGCACUACUGGCGGCGGUGCCAAUGGCAAUGGCAAUCCAAUCCAACAGCAGCAUGUUCGUCCAGUGCCGCUGCAGCAGCAACAGCUGCAACAGGCACCGCUGCAACAUCCGCAGCAGCAGCAGCAGCAGCAACAGCACAUUGUAGGUGGUGGCGGCCAGCCAACCACAUUCCGAGCGGUUUCUGAAAACGAUCUUUAUCUUCUGGGAGCCAUCGAGAAGUUGGUAUACCGAGUGGACUAUCUGGAAAGUCGUGUAAGACGUUCGGAGCAGCUAAUCUACUACCUGAUGGCCGGGAACAACCAGAAGGAGGUGAAGGAUCCCUGUCCCACGAACUUCACCCGCAUCAGCGACAACUGUUACUACAUCAACAGUCAGCAGCAGGUCAACUGGAAGACGGCCAACACCGCCUGCAAGGGUCUGAACUCGCACCUGGCCGAGUUCGAGAAGGUGUCGGAGAACGAAGAGAUCAUGGCGUAUUUGCUGAACCAACCAGCCCACAGGGGACGCGACUACUGGCUGGGCGGCCUCAAUCCAGGACUGCUCUGGAUCUGGUCCAACUCGGCGAAGCCAGUUAAUCCCAACAUGAAUCUCACGUCCAUUGCGAUGUCACAAAAGGGUGAGAACUCCACGGCCGCCAAUCUGGUGGACAGUUCGGAGCAGGCGGCGGAGGAGGCAACUGGCGGCGAUGUCCUUAACAACACUGUUCAAAUCGAGGGCAAGGGUCGCUGUCUCCGGCUGAGCUAUAAUGCUGGGAAGCAUAGCUACGUGUACUACGGACAAGAGUGCACCUCCAGACACUACUACAUCUGCGAGCAUGAGGACAAGACGCUGGACAACAAGAUCAAGAAGAUCACUCGCGAGCUCAAGCUCUUUGAGUGAGGAUGAGGAUCCAAUCCGGUGCGAUCCUCAUGUGAUACUUCCAGUUUCCUAGCCAUAUCUAUCACUUGAUUUCAAAUGAAUUUAUUCUUGUGUUACACAUUAAAUAUUUAUAAAUAUUUAUACAUUUAAUAAACAUAGCUGAUAGUGUUCAAAACGUUUUAAGGAUACUUUGUUCUUGCACAGCAAA